AUGAGCGAGGAAGCAACGCCCGCCCAGGCGGCCAACAUUAACCGUGAUGGCGAGAAGAUUGUGGAUAUGGAGUACUACGAGCUGCUUGGUGUGCGUGGCGACGCCACCGAGCUGGACCUGAAGAAGGCGUACCGCAAGGCGGCGGUCCGCAACCACCCCGACAAGGGUGGCGACGAGGAGACGUUCAAGAUGAUUGGCGAGGCCUACCGUGUGCUGAGUGACUCGAACGCGCGCGCGGACUAUGACCGCUACGGCAAGAAGAAGCCGACCGACGAGGUGGGCCUCAAGGAGGCGACGGAAAUGUUUGGCAACCUCUUUGGUGGCGAGCGCUUUGUCGACCUGAUUGGCGAAAUUAGCCUGAUCAAGGACUUUUCCAAGGCGUCCGAGAUUAUGAUGUCCGACGAGGAGCGCGAGGAGAUUGAGCGCCAGAUGAAGGAGCACAACAAGCCUACCGAGGCCAUUGACGGCGAGAAUGCGUCCGAGGAGCCCGCGUCGACUGCCGCGGUCGCCGCCAAGGAGAAGGAGAAGCAAAAGGCCAAGAUUACCCCCGAGCAGCGCGAGAAGCUCGAGGCCUUUGAGAAAGAAAAGGCCGAGAAGGAGAAGAAGCGCGUCGAGGACCUCACCGAGAAGCUCAAGGAGCGCAUCCGUCCGUUUGUGAAUGCCAAGAACCCCGGCGACGCGGACGACUCCGAGACGCAGCUCUUUACGCGCCGGAUGAAGGAGGAGGCCGAGGACCUGAAGCUCGAGUCGUUCGGUGUCGAGCUCCUGCACACCAUCGGCACGGUCUAUCUGACCAAGAGCAACACGUGGCUCAAGACGAAGCGCGGCAACUUCCUCGGCAUGCCUGGCUUUUGGAACCGGAUGAAGGAGCGCGGCGGCACGAUCAAGGAAAUGUGGGGUGUGAUGGGCAGCGCGAUGAAUGUGCAGAUGAGCAUGGAAGAGCUUGCGCGUCAUCAGGACAAGGGCGAUAUCGGCGAGGAGGAGAUGAAGCAGCUCGAGCAGGACAUGAACGGCAAGAUGCUCCUUGCGACAUGGCGCGGCACGCGCUGGGAGGUCAAUGGCAUCCUGCGCCAGGUCCUCGACAAUGUUUUGAACGAGAAGGGUGUCAGCGACAAGGUGCUCAUCCAGCGCGCCAAGGCCAUUGCCUACAUUGGCGCUAUCUAUAAGCAGGUCGUGCCGGACGAGUCGGACGACGAGCGCCGCGAGCUCGAGCGCCUCGUCGCGCAGGCCGGCGAGAAGAAGAAGAAGCGCAAGGAGAAGGAGUCGCGCUUCGGCUUUGGAUCGAAGUCGACCACGCGCAAGGCGAGCACAUAG